AUGUCGAGCUCCCAAGCCACCCUAAGCGCGGUAACAGACGAGCGCAAAGCGCGCCUCGCGAAGCUCAAGAACCUCAAGAGAAAACAACCAGCGGAUGAGAUCGUUGCGCCAGAGUCAGAACGCGCAGCUUCGGCCCCAACAGAGCCGGACGUCACAAAAUUGCACCUUUCCGGGCGCAACUACGACCCAGAAACGCGUGGUCCCAAGCUUGGCUUCGAGGCGCCCCCGACCCAAGACCUAGAGAAUCCUACACUGGAAGAGCUCGCGGCAGACAUUGAGGAGGAUGUGAAGCAAAAGGCAACCGAAGAUGCGCAGGAUGACAAGGGUAUCGAUCUGUUCAAGCUUCAACCCAAAAAGCCGAAUUGGGACCUGAAGAGAGACUUGGAGAAGAAGCUGGAGAUUCUCAACGUUCGGACGGACAAUGCUAUUGCGAAGCUAGUAAGGGAACGCAUCACAGGAGCUCAGAAAGCGGCUACACAGACCAAGCAAGUCGAUGCAGGCAGCAGGGAGGGCGACGCAGCUGGAAUUGAUGGUAUUGCAUUAGUGGAAGGAGUGCGCGUACGCGAGAGGGAAGAAGAGGACGAGAGACGAGAGAAGGCGGACGAGGAGGAUGACGAUUUGGCUGUUUAA